AUGUUUUCUAAAGUGGCUUGUGUAACUGGUGCGAACAAAGGCAUCGGGUUUGAGAUCACCAAAAAACUGGCAAGGGAUGGUUUUGCUGUAAUUAUGGCUUGUCGGGAUUUAAAAGCUGCCAAAGAGGCAGAAUCAAAAAUUAAAACAGCUGUGAGCAAUGCUCAUAUUGAACAUGUUUGUCUGGAUCUUGCUGUUCCAGAAAGUGCCAGUAAAGCUGCCGUAGAGGUAAAAAAACUUUUUCCCGAAGGUAUUGAUGUACUAAUCAAUAAUGCUGGAUUCGCAUAUCAUUGCGAUUCCCCAGAACCGUUUCACAAUCAGGCCGUUCAAACAAUAAAAAUUAACUAUUAUGGAACCGUUGCUGUUUGUGAAGCAAUAAUGCCAUUAAUAAAAGAUGGAGGAAGACUGGUUAACAUUUCUUCUAUGUCUGGAAGUUUGACGAUUUUAUCUAAGAAGGAAUUGAUUGCCAAAUGGAAAGGUUGUAAUUCAAAGGAAUCUAUAGAAUCCCUUUUGCAUGAGUUUAUUGAAUUAACAAAAGUAAAUGGCAAACAUCUUACUGCAGGUUGGCCUGAUUCUGCAUAUGGCGUAAGUAAACUUGCGGUGACAACCUAUACUCGGGUUAUAGGUCAUUCAACACCUCGUAUUCAUAUUUUCUCUUGCUGCCCUGGACAUUGUCAAACCACUAUGUCAACCUUUACAGGUAGCAAGACUGCUGAGCAAGGAGCUGACACACCUGUAUGGCUUGCUACCUCAGAGGAAGCUCUACUUAAAAUUCCCCAGGGAGGGUUUGCAACUGAGCGACGUCACGCACCCGAGUAG